CGCCAACGAAUACCUCUCUGUUCGUGCACUUGAGCUUGCACUUAUCUUUACCCCGUUACUGUAUACUCUGCCUCUCCUGCCAUCCCGAUCAUGCAAACCGCCCGAUACUACGACUCACUGCGGCCCUCGUCGGGCGAGAGUCUACUGCGGGUACCGCCUCCGUCUUGCCCCGGCAGGAUCUGCAGACACCCAUGCUGCUCAAAGCGCCAGCCAUGCGCACCUCUCCAUGGUGGCUUGGGCUGCAACGACCCGGCCUUCCAGGCAAGGCUGAACCACCGCUCAUGCAACGCAAUGCGCCCGCUCCAGCCCAUGAGCAGACCAGCCGGUGCCCCAGGCUCUUGCGGCUCUGUCCCCAAGCGCCGACCGGGACUGAGGAUCCAAACCAGCGGCCUCCGGGUGACAGGAUCGCUUCCGAGCAACGGCCUCGGCCAUUAUCUGCCAUCGCCUCCGCUUGCGUCCGCCGGCCGCGAUCAAUGCAGCAGUCCGAUCGAGCUCUCGGAUCCGUAUCAGCGCCACUACGCUCGCUGUGUCUCAAUGUCCCCGGCCUCGAAGCUGCCCACCUCACCGGCCCAUUCACACGCCUUUGCCUCUGCCGAUGCAAGGAUCCAGAGCCGUUCAAGCUCGGCCAUGAGACUACCCAGCCCACACGAUCUCGCCUUCACGCACUCCUUGAUACCCACCGUCCUUCCUCCACUGAUCGAGCACGGGGACAGUCUCUGGGCUCACCAGAGCCAGGCGCCUAUCUCGCCCACUUCGCCCGCUCCCAACAUUGGCCAGGCCCGCAGUAAUGCCCGGUCCAGAAUCGCCGUCUCGAACCUCAUCGAUACCACUCUUGAUCGGUGCGGUUCGGACAUGAGCCCGCAUCGAUCUGCCCGCAGCUCCACCGACGACAAUACCCCUGCAUCGGAUGCCCAGGACCGACAGCGCGAGUGCUCAACUUCGCCUCGGCUGUGGACCUGCCAGUAUCCGGGAUGCGACCGGAUCUACUCCACUGCGGCCGGGCUGCGAUACCACCUCAAGGCCUUCCACCAAACCAUAACUCAGCGAGCCGCCGACCUUAGACUAAAGCCCAAGCGCUACUGUUGCAAGAUCUGCCGCAAGACCUUUGUCACCGGCGCCGGGCUUCGAUACCACCACAAGACAACCAAGGAUCAUUGAGGCGGCAACGCCCGCAUGCUCUCGGGAGUGCUGCAGCUCGAAUAUGCUGGCUCGGCGGGCAACACGAUCAAGCACCCAGAGCACGAUCAAGCACCCAGAGCACGACCGAGCAUGUCCACCCGCCCCCAUGCCUCGCUCCCACAAACAUACCUACUACAUCCGCUCGACGAAAGACCAGG